GUUCAUCAUUAUAAAUUUGCAGGGCUUGUAAAAAGGGCUUGAUAUCAGUUAUCUAGGUUGUAAUGGUGGGUAAAUGAAUUAGUGACUCAAGUUCUACCCAAGGCUCUUAUGAACAUAUAUGGUUCGACUUCAUUGUUCCUACUCGUAUAGAUCCUUGGUUUGUAAUUUCUAGGCCCAUUUGCGGAUGCAGCCAAAAUUUCCUACUUCGGUUGGUGUUUAAGGCUAACACUAUAUUGAUGUGGGACACUUAGGUCUGGCAAAAGUAUAUAACAAAAAAAUCUUUGAAAAACAGAAUGUAAAGGCCUAAAUUUUCUACUCGUAGGACAUGUAGGUUUGGCAAAAGUUGACUCGAGUUGCUAAAUCAACUUGAAUUUAAUAUUAAAUGAGUUAGUGUUGAGAUUUUUGACUCAAUUUAUUAAAUAGAUUAAUUUGAUAUAAUCUGUUUAUUAUAUGAGUUAAAGUUAGAUUAAAAUUUUAAAAUUAAAACAAACAUGUAUAAUUUAUUUAAUCAAACAAAUUAAUUAAUAAAUUUUUACGUGAACUAAAUUUAUUCCUUCCUUCGCAAAAUCAGAGGGUUUUCAACUCUCGACUCUCGAGUCAUGAACAAUAAUAAACAUAGGUGACAAGAGAAUGAGAGAUGAGACUUUUUUUUAAGUCACGGAUUCCCAUUACUCCUUGCCAAACGCCUCUGAAAUCUUCAUUAUCAUCUCCGCGUUUUUUUAUUGUGAUGAAUUCUCCGAAGCCAACCUCUUUUAGACUUGAUGCCUUAGCUGAGCAACUCCGGCUCUAUAAACCUCCAAUUCGAGUCGACGAUGAGAUCGAAGAAGAGAGUGGAAAGAUUGUUGCUCAAGUGGGUUUUGCUGAAUCUUCCAACGGAAUUGCUAAACCUUUUGAACCCAUGACUAAGAGAGCAGCUGUUCUUGUCUGUCUCUUCGAAGGGGAUGAUGGGCAUCUUCGAGUUAUUCUUACUAAACGUUCUUCUGGGCUUUCUACUCACUCGGGAGAAGUAGCAUUGCCUGGUGGAAAAGCUGAAGAGGGUGACAAGGACGAUAAGGCCACCGCAACGAGGGAGGCUAGAGAGGAAAUUGGAUUAGAUUCUUCACUAGUGAAUGUUGUCACCACUCUCGAGCCUUUUUUGUCUAAGCAUCUCUUAAGGGUGGUACCGGUUAUUGGAAUACUAUCUGAUAAGGAUGCUUUUAAACCUGUUCUAAAUGCUGCAGAGGUAGAAACGGUAUUUGAUGCACCCUUGCAAAUGUUCAUCAAGGAUGAACAUCACCGUGAAGAGGAGAGAGAAUGGAUGGGAUACAAGUACUUGAUUCACUUUUUUGAUUACGAAACAGAUGGAAAAAAGUACCUAAUAUGGGGUCUAACAGCUGGGAUCUUGAUUCGAGCUGCAUCAGUUGUUUAUCAAAGACCACCACCGUUUUUGGAGCAGAAUCCCAUCUUUAAGGUUCCUAGAAUAGCUGACAAAGACACUGUUAUGCAUUGAAUUUUAUAAAGGUUUUAUACAUUUCUUGCUUCGAUGCAUAGUAGAACUUUGACGCUGCUUCAUUUGAGUGUAUAAUAUAAAUGUAGAUGUGUGUUUAGCAGCUGAAAGCAAUAUUGAAGUCCUAGUAGUUCUUUUUCAAUGUGUAUGUAUGAUGUAUGUGUUUUGGGGUUUUCAUUAAUGGAUUUGGUCAAAGAUUUCUUGA